AGUUAGAAAGAACCCGCGAAAGCCAAACCGACAAUAUAUUCUGAUUUUUACAUAUUGAACCCUUCCAUUUUCAAGUUUAACAAAUUUGGACACAAAGUGACACUUCUGAUCUAUAUUCUCCGUUCAGAGCGAGUCGCAAUGUUCUUUCUCCGAGUUCACUCAGUUGACGCCGAAAGCCCUGUUGAUCCCGAAACCGUCUUCUCAGCUCCCCAAUCUCAAAACCCUAAAUUCAGCGAACGCAGAGGCGUUCUCCACCUCUUCCGAACCGCUUCUCAAUCCUCUCUCCCAAACUCCAAUUCUCUUUCCUCUCAUCUUUUCAUCGUCGCCGUCCCCAAUUACCUCUCCUUCGAUGACUUCAUUCGAUUCUGUGGACCCCACCACCUCGAUCAAUUUCAUCGCCUUCUCUUCAUUAGGAACGAUGGGAUGGAAGAUCGGUAUAGCGUGUUGAUUGAGUUUGUUGAUCAGCUUGCUGCUGAUGGAUUUCAUAGUAAUUUCGAUGGGAAGAAGUUUUCUCCUGGCGAGGCAGAGAUAUGCCAUAUUUUGUUUUUGAUUUCCGUGGAAUACUCAGAAUGUGAAGAAGUUGCUGGAACUCCUCCUGCGGGUUUUACAGAAAUACCAACUUGCCCAGUUUGCCUUGAGAGACUGGACCCAGAUACAAGUGGAAUACUCACAACACUCUGUGACCAUUCAUUUCAAUGCCCUUGUGUCUCAAAGUGGACUUAUUUGUCUUGUCAGGUCUGCCGAUUCUGUCAGCAACAGGAUGAGAAGCCAACCUGUUUUAUUUGUGGAACAUUAGAUGAUGUCUGGGUUUGUAUGAUUUGUGGAUUUGUCGGAUGUGGAAGAUAUAAAGAAGGACAUGCUAUCCGGCAUUGGAAAGAUACUCAGCAUUGCUAUUCUCUUGAUUUUAGAACACAACAAAUUUGGGACUAUGUGGGUGACAAUUAUGUCCAUCGACUGAAUCAGGACCAAUCUAAAACUGAUAGCAAGUCGGAGGAGAUGCGUUUUCGCUGUAUGUCUCAGGAAGGGGAUUGUGGUACGUGUGAAUGUCAUGAAGAUUUAGAAGUUAGUGGGGCCUUCUUUAACAGCAAAGUUGAAGCGAUUGUGGAUGAAUACAACCGUCUUCUUACCUCUCAGUUGGAGACUCAAAGACAAUAUUAUGAAUCCUUACUAGUAGAGGCAAAAAGUAAAGCAGAAAGUUCCAUAUCUGAAGCUGUGGAGAAAGCUACAACUUCUGGAAUGCUGGAUAUCCAAAAUGAACUAGAAAAGUGUACAGAAGAAAGAAAUGCCGUUGCCGAGGUUAAUCGCAAUCUCAUAAAAAAUCAAGAAACCUGGCGAAAGAAGGUUAAAGAAGCUGAAGAGAGGGAAGCUGCAUCAAUAAAGUCGACGGAUGAGCGGAUUCUUGAUUUGGAGGAACAGAUAAGAGAUAUCAGGAUUUUUCUAGAAGCACAAAAAACAAUUGAGAAGAUGUCGGAUUCAAAUGGAAUAAAGGAGGGAACAGUCUUACCAAUGAUGGCUCAUGAACAAUCUUCUCCUGCCAAAAGCAAGAGAAACAAAAAGUCUGGUCGAAGGCGGCCUUAGUUGUAAUCACAACUAGAAUAUACAAGUUUUUGGAGGGAAUGGCAUUGAUACAAUGUUACUUUGUCAAGAGUCCAAAUACAUAUUCGAAAGUAUGGUGAUAGGGGUUGUUCACUGAUCCUUCUAGUUUUUAAGUAAUGAGAAAACGCAUUGUAAAUUUGAGAAUGAUAUUGGGAGGAAAAGUAAAUGAACCUUGGUAAAAUGAUAUUGGGAGGAAAACGCAUUCUAAUAGUUUUUUGGACUGGAUUUCUAACAUAUUUUAGUUACAAUUAGAAAAACUACGAUAACUGUUAAUUUUAGGGGAAAUUUUU